GGGCGGGAUCCCUCCGCUCUGGGGAGAGCAGCGCUGGACGGUUGAGUUGGGGUGACUGAGGAAAUCCAUCCGCGUCGCCGCCGCUGCCGCCUCCGCCGCGGAGGAAGACAGGACCUCCCGCGCUGCUCUAGCGACCCUUCGCAGAGUCCCACCGCCACAGGCCUCGGGCCAGCGGCGAGGAGCUGUCUCCCCCAGCCCCCGUCCCGCGGCCCCCAGCCGCCCCCAACCCCGCCCCACGGGCCCGGCGCCAUGAGUGAGCUGGAGCAACUGAGACAGGAGGCUGAGCAGCUCCGGAACCAGAUCCGGGAUGCCCGAAAAGCAUGUGGGGAUUCAACACUGACCCAGAUCACAGCUGGGCUGGACCCAGUGGGGAGAAUUCAGAUGAGGACACGGAGGACCCUCCGCGGGCACCUGGCAAAAAUCUAUGCCAUGCACUGGGGGACAGAUUCAAGGCUGCUGGUCAGCGCCUCCCAGGACGGGAAGCUCAUCAUCUGGGACAGCUAUACCACCAACAAGGUCCAUGCCAUCCCUCUGCGCUCCUCCUGGGUCAUGACCUGUGCCUACGCGCCCUCAGGGAACUUUGUGGCCUGUGGGGGGUUGGACAACAUCUGCUCCAUCUACAGCCUCAAGACCCGUGAGGGCAAUGUCAGGGUCAGCCGGGAGCUGCCUGGCCACACUGGGUACCUGUCAUGCUGCCGCUUCCUGGAUGACAACCAAAUCAUCACCAGCUCUGGGGACACGACCUGUGCCCUUUGGGACAUUGAGACAGGACAGCAGACGGUGGGUUUUGCCGGACACAGUGGAGAUGUGAUGUCCCUGUCGCUGGCCCCUGAUGGCCGCACCUUUGUGUCAGGUGCCUGUGACGCCUCCAUCAAGCUGUGGGACGUUCGGGAUUCUAUGUGCCGACAGACCUUCAUUGGCCACGAAUCAGACAUCAAUGCCGUGGCUUUCUUCCCCAAUGGCUAUGCCUUCACCACGGGCUCUGAUGAUGCCACGUGCCGCCUCUUUGACCUGCGGGCCGACCAGGAGCUCCUCAUGUACUCCCACGACAACAUCAUCUGCGGCAUCACCUCUGUUGCCUUCUCCCGCAGCGGCCGGCUGCUGCUCGCUGGCUACGACGACUUCAACUGCAACAUCUGGGACGCCAUGAAGGGUGAUCGUGCAGGUGUCCUUGCUGGCCACGACAACCGCGUGAGCUGCCUUGGGGUCACUGAUGAUGGCAUGGCUGUGGCCACAGGCUCCUGGGACUCCUUCCUCAAGAUCUGGAACUAACAGCUGCCACCCCACUGAGCCCAGGCCAGGAGGGGCCCUGCCCAUGCCCACACUACAGACCGGGAGCUUUGGGGCUGGGUGUACACCAAGCCCCCUUCCCCGGGCCACCGGGCCUUGGGUCCCUGCUCCCCUACCCAGGUUUGGUUCCUCCCGGGGGCCCCCACUGUGGAGAUGAAGAUGGGAUAGAAUGGGGGGAGAGGAGGGGCAGAAAGCCCUCAUCCUUUUGCUGCCCUGGGGUUGGGGCCUCAUCCCUCUGGAGGGCCAGAGGCAGGAGGUAGAAACUCCAGGGGCUGGCUUUUUUAAAACUGGUUUUAUUUUAAUUUUUAUUAUAUUUUCAGUUUUUCCAUAAAGGAACCAAUUCCAACUCUGUACCUGGUCUCUACCCUUGUGUCUUUCUCAGUGCAGAUCUCUGUCCCCAGGGCAGACAAGGGCGGGGGGGGGGGGGGGGCAGGAGUUUGGGCCCUUGUAAGUAAGGGCCAGAGAGAAACUCCCACUCCUUCUCCAGCCCAAGCGGAAGUCAAGCAGGAGGACCUGCCCAGCAAGGCCACGGGUGCUCUCACACACUCACACACACACACACACACACACACACACACACAGCCCCCAGACUCUGGCUGGCUGACCACAGCUGCCCCGGCCCACAGCUCAGUUCCUAGCUCAGAGCUGUCUUUCCGAUCACAAUGCCCCUUUCCCCAAGACAAGACACAGAAUCAAGAGGGGAGAACACACACCAAGUUUUAUUGGGGAAAGGGGAAUAUUUACAGGGGCAGGUAGAAGAGAGGGGAGUCACACAGGGUGAGGGUGGGGGGAGAUUGUGGGUCCAAGGCAGACAAGGGGAUACAGAACAGCCCCUGCACCCACCCCAACCCAGGAGGGUGGGAGAGCAGCUGGGGCCCAGGAAGACGGGUGGGAAAGGACAGCAAUGGGGGUGGAGUCCCUGGGCUGGGGGGCUCAGGGGCUUGUAAACAUUGACCACUCUCAGAAGGGGAUGGGGGUGGGAGAGGGCCCCCCCUACACUUCCUCACAGGGUUAAGGCCUCUCCAGGCUCAAGGGCCCCCUAAGUUCAAAGUCUCUUUAGCUGGGGGGAAGGGGAAGGAAGAAACAGGGAAGAGUGUCACCCCCCUCCCCUGCAUUGGCUGCGGCAGGGGUGGGGGCGGUUACAUUCAGUCACAACAGUACUCCCCCGACACCUCUAAUGCCGCCAAAUACUGGCGUGAGGAAAGGGGGAGCUGGGGGGCCAGCAGCAGCAAGACAUUUCCCCCUGGCCCAUCACCCCUUAUUGCUUUAGAGAGAAUAUUGUCUUUUCACGGACGCUAACACUGUUGAAACCAGGGAGAAGCAGGUGGAGGGUGCCCCUCCACCCCCGAGGCCAGCUUUAUCCCCCAACACUGACCCAGUUGCCACUUUGGUGCAAAACAAAACAAAACAAAACAAAAAAAGAAAAAAAAUGUGGUCUAAGAAUGGAUGGGGAAAGAAAAUGGGCCACUCCCCAUUUCCCCAGGGCAGGAAGGACAAAUACAUUCAUGGAGGGGAGGCAGUGGCAGAUUCCUGCCCUAAUACUGCACUCUGAGCAAUGAGGUCAAUGGGAGAAGUUAGAUGAGAAACCCAAAAGAUACAACAAACUGUUAAAAAAGAAAAGAAAAA